AUGAACCAAGCUUUGAAAUAUAGCUCAAACACGGAUGCCCAUCUCAGAAGCGCAAGACAUCAGCGAUGGCUACAACAAAACCAACUCAAUGCUGUUCCGCAAGAGUCAACUUCCAUGGAACUAGAUUCUGCCCAGCAGUCUGAGCAGCCUCUUUGCGACGACCAAUGCGACUAUGACUUUGAAGACGAUGAUGACGACCGAGAGUCUGAUUUUCGUAAUGAAUAUGGUGUCGACGGAUCUGACAACGUAGCGUCAGAUGUCGAGUUGGAUACCCUCGCUGUCAGAGUUACUGUGCAUACAAAAGCUGCUGAAGAUUCGGAGCAAUCCAUUGACGACAGUGUGUUUGACGAAACUGUCGACAUGGGCAACAUACUGGCCAACCAGACGACCAUUAACUUGUCUGCCAUGACGGAGAGCAAUCGAAACGAUUUCUUUCCGUACCUUGCCGAUGGCAUCGAAUUGGCCAAAACGAACGAGCAUUUGACGGUCCCCGUCAAAGUAUUGGGCUAUGUGGCAUACGGAAACCAGAGAGCCAAAGAUAGAGAUGACACAUGUGCAGAAAACGAAAGAGUCGACUAG